AUGACUAAUGUAGAAGAAAUUACCGACGAAAUACGUGAUAUAUUUUGUCGUUAUAAAAAAAAACAAAAAUCAGAUCUUUUGAAUAUGUUAAAUGAUGUACGUUGCUGUAAUUGUAAUCAUAAAUCACGCAUAAACGGAGUUCAUAACCAAAUGCUAUGGUUUAAAAAGAUGACACGAUUUUAUCAAAUUGGUUUCGGUGUGCUUAGUUUCUUCAUAAUUUUUGGAACUUACGUACUAUGGUUAACCAGUUAUUACAAUGAAGCUCGUAAUUAUGGAGGAGAAAGUUCCACCAGGUGUUUCCUUUGGCCUUUCAGUAGUUGUCCUGUUGCUUUUUAG